AGUUUUUGAACGCAACUGCGCGUUCCAAUAUCAGAGUUCGGUGCAUCAUGACGGUAACGACGACGGCGACAACGGCGACGACGACGACGACGACGAUGAUGAUGAUGAGGAUGCCGCGCGACGACGUUUGCCGCACGCGUGCAUCCCGGCAGUGAGAUCGGCAUCGGCAACACGCACAACGACAGUGCUAACGAACCAUUAACGGAAUGACGCCGCGAGUGCAACGUAACGAUCGAGCGCAACGUGGAACUGUCGUCGCAGCUUGAAUCGUAUAACAUACGUACGCCGUGAAACGCACUUCCAUCCCGAUCCCGACGCAGGAUCGCCGUGAUCCGCUGGAUAAAACAAUCCCGGACAUAAUGGCAGCUCACAAGACGGGCGGGCAGAGCGCCCGUAAGAAAGUACAGGUUUCUAUGGUUAUAAGAGACGAGGUAGAGAAGCAGCACAGAGCCGGUGUUAAUUCCUUACAAUAUGAUCCAGUUCUGCAUAGGCUAUACUCUGCUGGUAGAGAUAGCAUCAUAAGGAUAUGGAAUUGUAGAAAUAUGAAAGAACCAUAUAUUCAAUCUAUGGAACACCAUACAGAUUGGGUCAAUGAUAUAGUGCUAUGUUGCGGUGGCAAAAAUCUUAUAUCUGCAAGUUCCGACACAACUGUUAAGGUAUGGAAUGCGCAUAAAGGUUUUUGUAUGUCAACACUGCGCACACAUAAAGACUAUGUCAAAGCAUUAGCAUAUGCCAAAGAUAGAGAGCAAGUUGCUAGUGCGGGUCUAGACAAGUCGAUAUUUCUGUGGGAUGUCAAUACGUUGACUGCUCUUACUGCGAGUAAUAACACAGUGACAACAUCAUCCCUGAGUGGAAACAGAGAUUCCAUAUAUAGCCUUGCCAUGAACCAGACUGGCACGAUUAUCGUGAGUGGCAGCACAGAGAAAGUUCUUCGUGUAUGGGAUCCACGAUUUUGUACCAAACUCAUGAAACUUCGUGGUCACACAGACAAUAUUAAAGCAUUAGUCCUGAAUAGGGAUGGUACGCAGUGCUUAUCGGCAAGUUCCGAUGGCACUAUCAAAUUAUGGUCACUUGGUCAACAAAGAUGCGUGCAAACGUUCAGAGUUCAUAAGGAAGGAGUAUGGGCGUUAUUGGCAACAGAUAAUUUUAGUCAUGUAAUAUCUGGAGGCAGGGAUAAGAGAGUAGUGAUGACAGAAUUAAGUUAUGCAGAGAGAUAUACAGUUAUUUGUGAGGAAAAAGCGCCUAUACUCAAAAUGGCUAUGACGCCAGAUCAAUCUAGUAUUUGGGUUGCAACCAGCGAAUCAACUAUUAAUAAUUGGUCCAUAAGUCAGAAAGAUUGGCAAGAAUUAGGACUUGGAGAUUAUUGUGAUUCUGCCAGUAAUGUAUCGAGCAACAUUUUAAGAAAUACUGAACCUGCACAAAAGAUAUUAGGAGGUCCUGCCAUAAGACAUUAUCACAUAUUAAAUGAUAAAAGACACGUUUUAACAAAAGAUACAGAAGAGAAUGUUGCAUUAUAUGAUGUAUUGAAGGCGUGUAAAGUGGAAGAUUUAGGCAGAGUCGAUUUCGAUCAGGAGUGUAAAAAAAGAAAUAAAGUGGUGUAUGUUCCAAACUGGUUUAAUGUUGAUCUCAAAACAGGAAUGUUAACUAUACACUUAGGGCAAGACGAAAAUGAUUGUUUCUCUGCAUGGGUUUCUGCCAAAGAGACUGGUCUAGCAGAGAAUGAUGCUGUAGAUCAGAAAGUGAAUUAUGGAAACCUUUUGUUACAAGCGUUACUUGAACAUUGGUGGAGGCCAUUGCACGUUGACGACGAGAAUGAAGGUAAUGGCAAUGACGGAAACGGUCCCAUACAUACAAAUGGAGGAAAUCCAUACUUCUCAGUACCUAGUCAUACACCUGUCAUUUUCAGUGAAGUGGGAGGUAGAACUAUCUACCGAUUAUUAGUUCGAGAUGCUGCAGGAGAAACCGAAGGUGUCCUAUUGAAUGAAACUGUACCACCAUGGGUAGUGAAUAUCGUUGUGGACAAGAAUCUUCCACAAUUCAUUAAAAUACCUUUCUAUCUUCUUCCACAUGCUUCUUCAGGUGUAAAAAGUUUGAAGAAGGACCGUUUAAUUGCAAAUGAUUUUAUACAAGUGCGUAAAGUGGCGGAGCAUGUUUACGAUAAAGUGCUCGGUGCAGGAAGCGAUUCAGGUUCGGUAGCUGGAGGUGGAAAUACUGUUUCAAGUGGAUCACCGGCGGGCGAUAGAACAAAUACAGAUUCUAAUGCUGAUAAUUCUUCACUGGCCGAGGAAAAAGUCGAACUGCUAUGUAACGAUCAGGUUUUGGAUCCUUCAAUGGAUUUGAGAACGGUUAGACAUUUCAUCUGGAAAAGUUCGACAGAUUUAACACUUCAUUAUCGCCCUGUUAAAUAGUUAGAAUUAACAUUGCAUCGCGAGUCUUUACAGUGUGCCUGGUUUUAUACCAUGAAUAAUGGAAAAUACAUAGUGGGCUACUUGCAGAAUAUGGUACCUUGUGCCACUUUUUCCUUAGGAAACGAUCACCUGGAUUUAACAAAUGUUUCAUGCGAAGUCGAGGCAGGAGCGAAAGAGAGCGAGGCAUAUUUGGAGUAUUAGAAUAUAAUACGUGAAGUUCAAAGGCAAUAAUGUGUGGAAGUAUUAAUGUAUAAAUUGCUCACUUUUAUACACACCUGCAUCCCGCGGCCAAAUUCACACAAUGGAGCAUUACUCUCGAUUAAUCUGCUUGAGAAUAGCAUGUUUUUUGUACCUGGAUCUAGAAUUUAAAGUGCUUGUUGUCAGCCACUUAUCGUCUUCCCAUCAGAAGUAUCAAUAAGAAAGCGUAUAGCACAAAUGCAAAAAAUAAUAAUAAAAUAAAAAGAAAGGGGAUAGACCGCAUGGCCGAAAAAAUUGUUGGUUUUAUUAGGUCUAAUAGGAUCCAGGUGAUCCUCUCACAAAUGCUUCUCAAAUUUUCUUUAUUAAUUCUAGUUUAGCUAAACUUUCCUCCCAUAAUCAAUACAUAGGAUUGUCUUGUUUUAGUAUUGUAAUAAAAGUAUUGAAUAUUUAUUGAAGGCAUGAGAGAAAUUGUAUAAUGUUUUGUUACAUGCAUGCAAAAUGUAUACUCCACACCUGCCUUGUUACAUUAGAGAGCGAAGAAAAGAGAGAAAUAUAUAUAUACAUAUAUAUAUGAGAAAGAGAGAAGAAAGAGGAUAUGUCAAUUUACCAUUAAUCAAAUUAUAUUUAAAUAGCCAAAUUAGAGAGAGAAGUUCAAUAUUUCCUAUUGUUUGCAUAAAAAAUAAGAGAAUGUAUUUGUCUGCAGUGUAAUAAGGUCAAAUUCUGUUCUAAUCAAAUAAAAAAUAAGUUAAUAAAGUUAAUAAAAUAUAGAUUAGGGAUUGAAUGUACAUUAAAAGUGAAAUUUUAUGUGUAAAAUUAAUUCAAUAUCAAAGUAUAUACCAUUGAUAAUAUCAUAAAUAUUGAAGAAUACUACAGUAUUUAACAGAAUUUGAUCUUGGAAAAGAGAUUUAUAACGAAUAAAAAUGAUGUAGUUGUUUUUAUGUUAACAUGUUCGAUUUCUCUAUAAGUUGUACAUAUGCGAACACGACUGUGAAUAAUGUCCAUUAAUCAUAGUAGGUCAUAUAAAUAAAAAUUUAACAAAUCUUAUUAUGCGAACAAUUCAAAGCCAAUGACAUUUGCUAUUGCUGCAAACAGUUAAAUUGUCAAAAAAAGAAAUUGUACUAGUUUUUAUUAAUAUGGUCUAUGAAAUAUAAUAUCGUUUAUUAAAGUUGCACGUGCAUAGAAGCACAAAUCUCAUCAAUGUAAAUGUCUCAUUGUCAUUUUUUGGUACUAGGUACUAGAUAAUGUGUUUCAUAAAUGCAACAUUUUAUUUAUUAUCAAACUUAGAUUAAAUCCUGCUUUGCUAAUACUUUAUGUUAGAAAUCGUUUCCUUUUUUUUUUUUUUCUCUUGCGUGGAGAUAUUGUUCAAACAUUACGAUAAAGAAACUUUCUCUUGAUUAAAGAGAAUACAUGAAUAUAUAGCUGGCAGAAAUUAUUGUAUUAUUCUACAUUAUUAAAAUUGCCUGAUUUGUUAUUUUUAGAAGAGUUUUUUUGAAAGAAAUUGUGCACAGUAAACCUAUAUUUUUUUAUAUUGGUAUUAAAUUUAAAAAGUAAUUUUGAACCAAAUGAAAAUUAAAAUAUAAUAUAGUUUUCUCUUAAAUAUCCCAAUAUAGUGUCAUAAAAAAAUAAGAACUAUAAAUCGCCUUUGACUUAAAAUUACUUCAAUUAUUUAUUGCAACGACGACUAUAAUAUAUAUAUAUAUAUAUAUAUAUAUAAUAAUAAUAUUAUAUAUAUAAUAAGAUUGUCAAUAUAAUUAAUGUAUUAUUCAGUUCAUCAUAUAAUUGUUUGCAAAUAUGCUGUACAUAUUAGUGUUGCUAUAUAGAUGCAUUUCUUGCAUGAAUCGAAAUUAACCAUUAUUUAUUUUUUUUAACAGAUCAUUUACUUUAGACAUAUUUAUUACCAUAAUGUGGAAGUAAUCAAGAUGUGCCUGAUGAUAGAUUAUAAGUUACAGAGGGCAUUUCGAUUAUGACUUGUAUUGAUAUUUAAAGAGAAAAAGAGCCCAUAAUUACAAGAUAUACAAUCAUAAAGAAAGAGAGAGAGAGAGAGAGUACAUUAUCAUUUCUUGAUUACAUUAUCAAUGAUAUAAUAUAAAUCAUAAGAAAAGUUACCACUAGCAUUAUGAAUUUUUAUCCAUUAUUUAUUUUGUAGCAUGCAACUUUAGUUUCAUUGAAUGCUGUUAGAGAUGAUAUAGAUUUAGUUUUUUCAUUCAAAAUAUCAUAAUACUUAUGCACAGAAAAUUGAAGUAUUAAUACUAGAAUGUCAAUAGAGUAAAAAAUCAAAAUAUCAAUUUCUCAUCUUGUUUCAACUUGUGUAAAAAAAAAAAAAAA